CGUCCAGGCCGGAACUCAAGAUGGCUGCGCUCCUGUUGAGGUGUUGCCAGCCCCAGUCUUGCCAGAACUGCACUCUUUAUUCCAGACAGGUUGGCCGUCAUUGCCUCCGUGCCCACCUUAGUCCUCAGCUCUGUAUCAGAAAUGCUGUUCCUUUGGGAACCACAGCAAAAGAAGAGAUGGAGAGGUUCUGGAAUAAGAACGCUGGUUUAAACCGUCCUCUGUCUCCUCAUAUCACUAUCUACAGUUGGUCGCUUCCCAUGGCGAUGUCCAUUUGCCACCGCGGUACUGGUAUGGCCUUGAGUGCAGGGGUCUCUCUGUUUGGUUUGUCGGCCCUCUUGGUCCCUGGGAACUUUGAGUCUCAUCUGGAACUUGUCAAGUCCCUGUGUCUGGGGCCAUCGCUGAUCUACACAGCCAAGUUCGCUCUUGUCUUCCCUCUCAUGUAUCACACCUGGAAUGGGAUCCGACACUUGAUGUGGGACCUCGGGAAAGGUCUGAAGAUCCCCCAGCUGUACCAGUCUGGAGUGGCUGUCUUGGUUCUUACUGUGUUGUCCUCUGUAGGGCUGGCAGCCAUGUGAAGAGUGAAGUUCCCAGCAUUGUCUUCCCAUAAAUGAUUCACUGACCUGUC